AUGCGAUCUUGGAGGACAGUAUCGAUCUCAGAGGCCAGCACCCUACUGAGGUUGAUUGACCACGGCUUCGAGAAGGCUGCGUCACUUGACUAUUGCCUGAAGCCUGUGCUCCCCAAUCAAUUAAGCUACCGAAUCCGCGGUGAUUGCAUAGAGAUCCCUCAAGGUGAGGGUGACAGGUGGACAAAGCAACCCGCCUCCAGGUGUCCAGGGUCCCCUUCCAGGCGUACAAGAAGUCAAACAACCCUCCACCUUAUAAACAUGCCUUACGUGCAAUUAACUGUCUCCCCUUACCUAUCGCCCCCAGGCCUAGCGCACCCCCCUUUGAUUGCUACGAAGCUCCGACCUCACCGUCUCACUGAGGCUCAGCCUGAACCAAUGUCUUAUCAUAGCGGAGUCUCUUAUCAUCCCAGCAUCGUAGCUCCAGGGCACAUGCCUAUUGCGGGUAUGCCUGUUGGGGGUAUGCCUGUAGGCACACCCUACGCUACGCCGUAUGGUGGAAAUGCCCUCAUGAUGGGUGGUAUGGGAAGCGAGUACGGCUCUCCCCUAGUGGACUCGUAUCCCCCUGUCAUUACGCGAACACCUUCUGUCUAUGAUACCGGGCGAAGGUCCCUAUACGAAGAAGAUCUCUAUGACCGCGACUAUCGAUAUGGGCGAGACUAUUUCGACAGAGACUACGAUCGUGGAAGGCGAUACUAUGAUGAUGACGAUUACUAUCCCCGACGAAGCAGCUCAAGAGCAUCCAGAAGAUCGUCACGACGAGACUACGACGAUUACUAUUAUGACCGCGACUACAGCAGAUAUGAGGACCCUUACACCGAUGCCUACCGUAAUCCACGGUACUACUCUUCGAGGUCCUAUAGCAGUGGAUACUAUCGCGAUGGCCAAGAGCGAAUAGGGGACAGAGUCCGACGUAUGUUCGGAAUGGACCCCAAAGGAGUAAAUGUGGUCCGGUUGAAGCGGGGUGAAUCACUAGCGGCCAAU